UCCCGAGAAAUGGCAAGUAGUUCUUCGGAAUCCGAUGUCGAUUUGGAAGAGUUGCUUUAUGGCGAUCCAGUUGCGGAUUCCGACUCCGACAUUGAUAUUGCCGCGGUCACCGAUGCAGUCGUGUUUAAGAAUGAGCUUAAGCGGCUAUUGAUUGCUUUUGUGGAGGAGGACGGCGUCAAAAAGUCGAAUAUGCAAAAGGCGAAGCAAUUGCUGUCUGUUCUUCAGCAAUUCAAAGGCAAUUUCACUCAGAAUCGUCGUGAUCUCCCCUGGGACUACAUUGUGGCGCCGGAUGAGUUCUUAUGCCCCAUCUCCAACCAAGUUAUGGUGGAUCCUGUUAUAAUUGCAUCCGGAAAGACUUUUGAUCGUUUGUCAAUGGAGGAUUGGUUCGAUUCCGGGAAUAGGAAAUGUCCCGUAUCUGGUGAAAUACUGCCAAACACUGAUAUCACACCCAACAACAAUAUCCACGGUAUUAUAAUGGCAUGGUGUGUGAACAAUGCAAAGCAACAGCUUGGCGUUGCCCUAGACUUCUCCACUUCUCCGAAUCAUCAAUUGGCAAUUCUCCGGAGCAUGACACGCCUCCUCCACAGUGGCGGCGACCGUAUGAAAAAGGCCUUUGCUGAUUUUACCCUUGGUGUCUCUUCGAUCAUCUAUGCUACUCAACGUAAAAGCAGGGAUGAAGCUGAAUCUGGAGCUGACAUGAAUGUUAGGUAUAGGGCAGCUGAAGCCUUGACCUUAAUAGCCACUCUAGAGUGUAAUAAGAAAAAGAUCGGGAAGAUGGGUGCAUUUUCUCGACUCAAGGCACUCUUGGAAGAAGGAGAUGCCGUGGCGAUGUACCAAGCUGCCACUGCAAUUUGCAUAUUGUGCACUGUCGAAGAGAACAAGGUGAGAGUGGCUAAGGAAAGAGGACUUGUUGAACUGGUCCUUAGAAAGAUGAAGGAUGCGGUGUUACUUUCUGAGAUGCUGGAAAUUGUCCUCCAACUUUCCACCAACAAAACAGCAACCGAGAAGAUGGCAGAGUAUGAUCUUAUACCCCUCCUGUUCAAAAUAAUAAGAGACAAUGUCCUUCCGGACAUUACAGAGAGCUGCGUGGCUGUUGUGGACAGCAUCUGCUGCACGUUGGAUGCGUUGGUUUCACGCGUGAAAGAAGAGGAUGACAUGCAUCACACACUGUCUUGGCUGUCUGGCCUCGGAGAGGAAGCAACUCCCAAGUCAAAGUCUCAUGCCACUAACAUCCUUGAAAUGUUUAACAGAAUCUAGGUUACUUUUAAGUAGUACUCCUACUAGUACCUACAAUUUGUGGUUUGAACAGGUUUAUCUUCUCCUAUAUACAUUGAAGAAACUUGUGGAAGCUAUGGUUUAGCAUUUUUUUUACCUUCAGAUAUCCAAUAAGUAAAAUUGUUGUGUUUGUGUGCUUA